UGACUUCCGGCGCUGAGCCGUCAUUUCUGGCGCGCGGGAUCGCGCCAAGAUGGCGGCGCCGCCGCCUCAGCCACAGGCGCAGCCGCCGCCGCCUCCUCCCGGGCCUGGAGCUGCAGCCGCCGCCGCCGCGGCUGCUGCUGCCGCUGCUGCUGCCGCCGCCGCCGCCGCCGCCGCCGCCGCGGGGCCCGGUCCGGCCCUUCCCGCCUCGGCGCUGCCCGCGGGCGGCGUGGCGGGAGCGGCUCAGGCCCAGGACUUCGAGCCCGUGCAGCGCGUGCGGCUGCUCCUGCCGCAGCUCAAGGAGAGCCUGCAGACGCUGAUGAAGGUGGCGGCGCAGAACCUGGUGCAGAACUCCAGCAUCGACAAUGGGCAGAAGAGCGCGGAGGGGCCGCUGCAACGCUUUGAUAAGAGCCUCGAGGAGUUCUAUGCGCUCUGCGACCAACUCGAGCUCUGCCUGCGUCUGGCACAUGAGUGCCUCUCGCAGAGCUUCGACAGCGCCAAACACGCACCAGCGUUGGUUCCGGCUGCGCCGAAAGGGGAGGGGGCCGGGGGGGACCCCUUGCCCUACACCCAGUACCUGCCCCUCAUCAAAGCCCAGAUCGCCGGCGCCAAAGACAUCCACAACGCCCUCCUCGAGGGCGCCAACAAGAUCACCGGCAAGAUUACCCCCCCGGGGGGGCCCUGAUGGUUUUAGGGGAGCCCUGCACCCCAAAAAAUACCCCUGUGGGGUCUGGUGUGGAAGGGGGUUAAAGGGGGGUUUAGGGGGAGCCGGUGCUAUCUGCAGGGAGCUGAGCUUGGAUACGGUGAAUGGAGAUGUAUUUAUCCCCUCUUAGGGGGUGUCUGAAGAUUUGGGGGGGCCCUGAGGGGUUAUGGGGGGCCCCCACACCCCCGAAAUUACUCCCAUGGGGGUCCUGGCGAUGGGCAAGGGCGUUUAGGGUGCCGUGUGCAGUGAUAUGAUGAAUGGAGAUGUAUUUAUUCCCUGUUAGGGGCGUGUCUGAG